AUGCGACCACAGGAUUGGAGUGCCAAAGAUAUGCCUGUCAAAAUCGUUGACAGCAUUGAGGGGUUGAGCGACUCGCUUGAUGAGAAUAAGACACAGCGCUUGGUCUACACCACUUCGAGGCCUUCCGACGCCAUGGAGGCCCUCGACUUGUUGAAUGGUGACCCAGCAGCAAAAGGAGUAGUUUUCCUUCAGGGAAAUGGUGGGCUCGACAGUGCGACUUGGCCCAAGGUCAGCAAAGCUAGGUAUGAAAAAGUUGCCGGACAGCUUGGGACACGCUUGCAGCCUCGCAAAGGGUGGCUAUGGCUAGUGGGCGAUGUUACAGAUUCAAAGGCGAGGACAUGCACUGGCACACCGUAUGUGGCGAAGCCUAGGACUGAUUCGACAGUUGUUCUACGGUUCGUUGCUGAGAAGAAGUACAAUGAAGAGGCAUGGGCCAAGCUCAGCAAGGGCGCGACAAAAUGUCUCAGAGAUUGGUGUCUGUCAGCUACCCCUUUCGCAGCUCAGGGAUGUCAUGACACUUUUGCUUUUGAGAUCAUUGACCAGAAGAUGAUCAAGGGACUGAUGCGAGUGGACAAGGACAAACUUGCUUAUGCUUUGCUGGCAGAAUCGGGAGCUUGCUACUCUCGAUGUCGUUGGUUCGUGGAGAAGGUGGGACCGUUAUGUUCUGAAACUUCAGUGCAGUGGAUUCCGAGCAAACCCGACUGCAAUGAGACCUGGAUUCAGUACAUUGACAGAUGUCGAGGCUUGGCAGGCUCCAAAGGCCUUGUGAGAGGAAGGUAUCAGCUUGGAUACAGGAUCCCAAAUUCCGAGUUUCAACACGCUGAUGUGGUUUCCAAGUGGGUGGUUGAAGGAUUGCCAAAGACAUUUUUGGUUCAUGAUGUCAUUGAUUUCCUUUCUUCACUCCAUUUUGGGGCGAUAGAGGUCGUCGAGAAGGGUUGGCGCCGACAAGGGAGUGCAUGGACUGUGCGAGCCAGCAGGAAUGACCGUGAAGAAUUGAUCCAAGGGUCAAUAAUGGAAGAUGGCGAAGAGUAUGACAUCUCGAUCAUCAAAGCAGUUCGUCGUAAAGUGGAUCGCUCAGUAAGAGUUCCUCUGAAGUCUGGAAAGGUCAGAUAUGGAGAGGCUAUGAAAGAUCGUGCCAAAGAUUCCAGAGGCCCUGUUGCGCCCAAGGGAGUGGCUUUGCCCGAUUCUGCUCCUCCUGCUGGGAAGUCGGGUGCGACCCCUGGCAAGAGUAAAACUGAAAAGAAUGCCAACGCCGAGCAUCAGCCUUCGACUCAGGGACGUGGUGCCGGUAAGGAUGCCAAAGAGGACAAGGAUCGUUCUCGGUCGCCGAAGAGGGAUGCAAACCAAGAUGAGCAGAUGAGCGAAUGGACAAUGGGAGGCAGGAAGGUGGCAAAUGCUGCUGACGGAAAUUGCAUGUUUUAUGCAUUCGCCACCUAUUUGACCAGCCGUGGCCAGAAGAAGCGGACCCACAGACAGCUGAGGGCCUGGUUAUGCAGCAAUCUUCGAGAUAACUUGGAUUCGUGUGACAAGAGAUGGGACAAAACGGAUCACAAGGGAAUGCCGACAUCCAGGGACUUCAGUUGGUUCUUUGUGCUCUUUCUUUGGGGCCCAGAAGAGAUGGAGGUUCGAAAGGAUGAAGUCAACGUCCUGCGGAAGGCCAAGCUUGUUGGGAAUGACCAGGAGCUUCUUACACAAGGAUGGGAAAGACAAGGAGACGUCGUCAUCUUCUACCUGAAGGUGCCGGACGGUGAUGUCUCGUCUCUUCUGGCCAAGUCUGGCGUAGACAAGCCCGUCUUCUUGACUCAGUUGGCAAGAGACAUCUCCAAGCAGGCGCCUGUCAAAUUGAUCGCAGCAGAAAAUGGUGAGGAAGGCACAAAAUACCUUGCCCGAGUACAAGCACUUGCAAAAGAAAAAGGCACCAGCUUGGCUUUCAGACGUGGAGGAGGCAGCUUCCUUGGGUUGCGUCUGGAAAAAGAAGAGGAGGGCACUGUUCAGCCCCUUUCCAUUGGGGACCUGGGAAAGUUUCGCAGGUCCUCACUGACCAGAACUGGCGGUUAG